AUGUUAUUGCCGAUUUUGGAGGUGUUCCCACCUGCUCGGCUCACCUUCCACCAUCGACGACACUCCAGAAGGUCAUCACUCCGCGCCUCAUUUCUCCUAGCCGGCCAGUCGUUGCGGAAAAUCCUUCUAAUUGCGCCGCUGUCUCGCCACAAAUGCUGCCUGGGCUGUGUGAGUCUGCGCGAUGCGGUCCCCCUGAUUUGCGUGAUUGAGAUUAUUAUGAUGGCCUGGUGCGCCAUGUUCGCCAUUGAUUUUGCGGUCAACGACGGGGUGUUGUUUUUUACGCGUGAAUUGGAGGGGCGAGGACAGCGCAUAUCUGCUUGUCUUGCCGUCUUCGUCGCCUGCUCUCUCGUCGUUAUCGCCGUCACCCUCUUUGCGUGGUAUUACAGAAGAAAAAGCUUCUAUGUGCUCCAUGUUCUUUGGCAGUUAGUCUUCGUUUCCUACGUGUUCUUCCUCGUCUACCUACUGUUGAUGCGGAUAUUUGUGUACAAGAAUGAUGCAUCGAGAAAAAUCAUGAUCCCAUCUGCGAUCACGAUAGCCGUAUUUUGUACGUUUAUUGGGAUUUGUGAGAUGUGGUGGUUGUUCAUUAUGGUCGACGCGUUGCUAUAUGACGAUCAAAAAAGCUCGCGACGAACCAGCGACAACGAAUAUCCCAGCCGGCCGCAUAACCA